AUGAGAUUGUUUGCGGUAAAGAAAACAAAAGUAAAGAUAAACCGGCACAAUAUUCGACCUUAUAGCCUCUGGAUGAGGCGCUGUUUUCGCCCAUGCGUCCUGCCUUCGAUCGUUAUAGGCCUUAGCGUGAGAAUUGAGCCACUUGCCUGGACAAUGAAUCGCAAGCUUAACCGACCCAAUGCCCGGUUUACAGUAGUCUUUACCAAUUUCUCUCGUUGUCCCUCUUUCCUGCACAAUUUUUUGGUAAUAAAACCCGAAUUCAAAGUCGAGCACCAACAUCUUCACUUAAGAAUUAAGAUGAUGAGCGAUGGACUUUGGCGCGGCGGCGACCGCGUCGAGGUGGAACGAGUCGUCUCCGGCGCGGCGGCUUACUUUCCGGCGAGUGUGGUUAGUGCGCCGUCUUUGAGAAAGAAACUCGUCUGGGUGGAGCAUGAAGCUCUACUGGUUGGAAGUUCCGUACGUAUGAAGGAGUACGUGAUUCCGACGCGCCUCCGCCCAUCACCGCCGCGAGAGCUCAACCGAAGCUUCAAGGCUGGCGAUGAGGUUGACAUCUUCCGAGACAGCGAAGGUUGCUGGGUUAGAGGCAACGUGACGACCAUUCUUGGAGAUUCAAGGUACAUUGUAGAGUUUAAAGGGGGAAAUCGCCCAGAAGCACAAGUUGAUCACUUGAAUCUGAGGCUACAUCGUGAAUGGGAAGAUGGAACUUGGGUGCCAUCUCUUUUCCAACAUCAGGGCAAUGUAUUGGAAUCAACGACCAAAAGUAUGAAACUGAAGAUAAAAUUCAGAGAAAGAAGAGGUCAAUAUGAGAAGGGUGCUAUUGUGGAAGUCAGAAGUGAAGAAGAAGCUUACACGGGUUCUUGGUAUUGUGCACGUAUACUUAAUUUAUUAGGUGAUGAUAAGUACAUUGUUGAACACUUGAGAUUUUCAAGAGAUGGCGACGAGUCUAUCCCUCUGAGAGAUUUGGUAGAAGCCGAGAACAUAAGACCAGUUCCUCCUUCAGAACUCUCGCCUGUUUUACGCUAUGAACCAGGGGAUGAAGUUGAUGCUUGGUUCAACAAACGGUGGUGGAUCGGCAGGGUUUCCAAAGUGCUCGCACGAGAUUCAACAUACUUAGUUUAUUUCAUCUCCACGGGUGAAGAAGUGACAGUCCUACAUUUCAAUUUGAGGCCCCGGAAAGACUGGAUCAAUGGCCGAUGGAUUAAUUCUUACAAGGGAGAAGAAUGCUUCAAACCUCCAUGGAAGAAGCUGAAAUUUUGUAAGAGAGCAGAGAAGGUGUUUAACAUCGGAAUGAUGGUGGAAGUUAGAAGCGAUGAACGAGGUUAUGAAGGCUCAUGGUACUCUGCCAAGAUUAUAAGCUACUUAGGGGAAAACAGAUACACAGUUGAGUAUCAAACACUGAGAACGGAGGAUGGAAGAGAGUUGUUAAAGGAAGAAGCAAGAGGCCUAGAUAUAAGACCUAAUCCUCCUCAACUUAUUCAAAGGGCGUGUCGAUAUGAAUCGUUAAAAGAUGUGGAAGCUUGGUUUAACGAUGGAUGGUGGUCUGGUCGAGUCUAUAAGAUAAACAGCAACUACACUCGAUAUGGUGUCUACUUCAAAACGACUGAUGAGAGAUUGGAGUUUGCUUACACUGAUUUAAGGCCUUGCCAAGUUUGGAGAAAAGGGAAAUGGAGCCGUGCUUAAGAAUGAGAGAAAGAUGGCAAAUAAUAGGUAGUGAUGAAGAGGAUAAUUAACGUGACUUGAUUAUAGAUUUGUUGUUAAAAUUGUUUAUAUGACAUUUAUGAUGUUGGUGAUGUGGUUAAUUUUCUUAAUAUAUGUGUUUCU